CAUUUUUUGUUUUCCUGCUUCCAUUGGUCAGAAAGGAGGUUAAUAGGAAGAGAAUAGAGUGCAGUGCUGCAGUGUCCCUGUUCAGGUAGAACAAUAGCAUCCGACACAGCUCCGUAAAAAUUAGCUGCUUUUCUGAUCCAAAGCUGCAUUGUGCUGGUGUGCACAGUGCAGUCUGUCUGUCUGGGGGGGUUUUUUAAGCAUCUACUGCAGUCAGCGCUUCCCUGACGAGGUGGCACUAUUGUGGAGUUGAAGGAUAGAAUCAUCACAUCGCUUUAGGGGACAGCAGGAUUUAAAAGGAGAUGGCUGGCAGCCUUGCUUUACAGCUCGGGAGCACCGGUUUAAGGGCAUUGGCAGAAGCAGCUCCUUGUUCCUAGCAGCAGGCACUGCUGUGUCAGUGGUGUGUGUGGAAUGGAAGUCCUAGUUGGUAGCCUGUUAUGGAAACGCUGUUUGCUGUUAUUGUAGUACCGUGGUGACAACAUGCCAUUGAAAUGGAAAACGAGCUCUCCUGCUAUCUGGAAAUUCCCAGUUCCUGUGCUUAAAACAUCCAGGUCAUCGCCACUUUCUCCAGCAUACAUAUCUCUGGUGGAAGAGGAGGAUCCUCAUAUGAAAGUGUCUCUUGGCAGCAGCGAUAUGGGCGUCUCUGCCCAUCUACAGUCUUCGAAGACAGGGACCACGCGGUUUUUCACCAGCAACACUCACAGUUCUGUGGUAUUACAGGGUUUUGACCAGCUGCGGGUGGAAGGUUUGCUUUGUGAUGUGACACUUGUCCCAGGGGAUGGUGAUGAAGUGUUCCCUGUCCACAGAGCAAUGAUGGCUUCUGCCAGUGACUACUUCAAGGCCAUGUUCACAGGAGGAAUGAAGGAACAGGAUUUAAUGUGCAUUAAGCUUCAUGGUGUGAACAAAAUAGGCCUAAAGAAGAUCAUUGAUUUCAUUUAUACUGCAAAACUUUCCCUUAACAUGGACAACCUUCAGGACACUCUGGAAGCUGCCAGUUUUUUGCAGAUUUUACCCGUUUUGGACUUCUGUAAAGUGUUUCUUAUCUCUGGGGUUUCCUUGGAAAACUGUGUGGAGGUUGGGCGCAUUGCCAACACAUACAAUCUCACAGAAGUGGAUAAAUACGUUAAUAACUUCAUCCUGAAGAACUUCCCUGCGUUAUUAAGUACUGGUGAAUUUGUGAAACUCCCCUUUGAACGUCUUGCCUUUGUGCUUUCAAGUAAUAGCCUUAAGCACUGCACUGAACUCGAGCUCUUCAAGGCAGCUUGUCGCUGGCUGCGGUACGAGGAGCCCCGGAUGGAGUAUGCUGCGAAGCUGAUGAAGAACAUCAGGUUUCCUCUGAUGACUCCCCAGGAUCUUAUUAACUAUGUUCAGACAGUGGACUUCAUGAGGACUGACAAUACCUGUGUAAACUUGCUUUUGGAAGCCAGCAAUUACCAAAUGAUGCCGUACAUGCAGCCGGUGAUGCAGUCAGAAAGAACUGCCAUUCGGUCAGACAGCACUCACCUGGUGACCUUGGGGGGGGUGCUGAGGCAGCAGCUGGUUGUCAGCAAGGAGCUCCGGAUGUAUGACGAGAAGGCCCACGAGUGGAAAUCCUUGGCUCCCAUGGAUGCACCAAGGUACCAGCACGGCAUCGCCGUGAUCGGAAACUUCCUUUACGUGGUUGGGGGACAGAGCAAUUACGACACGAAAGGGAAGACGGCGGUCGACACGGUCUUCAGGUUUGAUCCUCGCUACAACAAGUGGAUGCAAGUUGCAUCUUUAAAUGAGAAGCGCACCUUCUUCCACCUAAGUGCCCUCAAAGGACAUUUGUAUGCAGUCGGUGGUCGAAACGCAGCGGGUGAGCUAGCCACUGUGGAAUGUUACAAUCCCAGAAUGAAUGAAUGGAGCUACGUCGCGAAGAUGAACGAACCCCACUACGGACAUGCUGGAACCGUGUAUGGGGGAUUAAUGUAUAUUUCAGGGGGAAUUACCCACGAUACUUUCCAAAAGGAACUUAUGUGUUUUGACCCUGACACAGACAAAUGGACUCAGAAAGCGCCGAUGACCACAGUCAGAGGUCUGCACUGCAUGUGUACUGUAGGAGACAAGCUGUACGUUAUUGGUGGGAAUCACUUUCGAGGCACCAGUGAUUAUGAUGAUGUUCUAAGCUGUGAAUAUUACUCACCAACUCUAGACCAGUGGACUCCAAUUGCUGCCAUGUUGCGUGGGCAAAGUGAUGUUGGGGUUGCUGUCUUUGAAAAUAAAAUCUAUGUUGUUGGAGGAUAUUCUUGGAAUAAUCGGUGUAUGGUGGAAAUAGUUCAGAAAUAUGAUCCAGAAAAAGAUGAGUGGCAUAAAGUGUUUGACCUUCCGGAAUCACUCGGUGGCAUCCGAGCCUGCACGCUCACCGUUUUCCCCCCGGAGGACAAUACAGGGUCACCAUCCAGAGAGUCUCCUCUUUCAGCACCUUAGAACAUCCCUUGACUUACGAUGUUGUAGUAACACCUCUGCACUGCAUCAUGGAGUCUGUUCUUUUUCUUCAGUAGUUUCUGUUAGGCUUAGCCUACAGCGUUUCGUACGAUUACUGGAAAACAAAAAGACUUUGAGAUUAUUUGUGCUGUUUGUUUGGCCUAGAAUGUUUGUCAAGUGGUUCCAAACCCCCAUGUACUUACCCGAGCCAAAUGUUUAACAAAUGAGAAGAUAUUGUCUAUAAAAUGUAUGAACUAGGUACGUUAUUAAUGUUGUGUAUUGGGUGUGAGGUACCUUCUAGCUGACAUUUGGAAGCCCAACGAGUGAAAUUUGUUCUGACCACGUUCUUUCACCAAAUUUCAGAGUUGAAAUCCUUUUUCCUUCCCGUUUUGACCGCAGGUGGUAAGGGGAGGUAGACCCACAUCAAUGUGAACUAUGACAGGGGGUUGCCAAGGGGCCUGAGCUACCUCCCUUUCUUCACGGAGUCAUCUUGACAUAUCUGUUUGCCCACAUGAGCUGUGGGUGCUUUCAGCGUAUGAAGUUUCUUAGGCAGAGGGGAGAAAUAAAGUGAUUUUAAACUAUCAGCACUACACAGGAGGCAGAUCUUGCAGAGGCCAGGAGUUUUUUGUAGCAUAUAUCAAGUGUUUUUCCUGAGUUGGUUGAAUGAUGCUUCAAACAAAAGAUUUAAAACGUUUGGGGUUCUUAAUUUGGAUUUUUCUUCAGGACUUGGCUUCCUCUUGCAUGGGAGCACACUAUUAACUAAUGGGAAUUCAGUGCAGUUGUAUAUUCUGCUGUAUGCCUGUACUGAAUUCAGGUAGAUAAGGGCUAGAAACAUUAACUUAAGCCACUGAAUUUGACCAAAUCUUUCCAUUCGAUUGAAUUGAAUCUACCUUUUCUCCUUUGCUGUUGAGGUAACUUGCAUAACGUGUCCUCUGUAUAGUCUCCGUUAAUAAGGUUAUUUAGCACAAGGUGCAGCUUCAGCAGGAGCUGCUUUUGCUCAGUGGACUUGGACUACCACGUUUUACCUUCUUUUGUUCAAUAAAACUUUUAACUGCA